AUUCAAACUUAAUAAACAUUUGUAUUUAAAAAAAACAAUCAAUGAAAUGCUUUAGGAGGAAUUCGCCGAGUUCUAUUGCCUUGAAAGUUGGAUCAGAUGCAUUAGUUUUUCAAACAUGCGAGAAAUCAUUAGAGUCACAAACAUGUAUAGCAAAAUUUUGUAAAUGGGAUGAUAUAGAUUAUUCUGAAUAUUUUUUGGCUACAUCAAAAGUUAUUUAUGGUUGUAUGGGGUUAAUAAGUAUAGAGAAUAAUGUUUUUAUAUGUCUUAUUACUGGUUAUUCGCAAAUUGCUUCAGUUCGUGCAACAGAAACGAUUAAUCGUAUUCAUGAUGUUGAGUUUCUAUCUUUAGGUUCCUCAUGGGACAAUUUUUCCCGUAAUAUUAACGAAAAUAACUCUGAAUCUAACAUUGGCGAAUUAUUUGAUAGUUUUUCCAAACAAAAUGAACCUGAGCAUCCUUGCGAGUGCAUUCGUAAGCUUUUGCUAAAUGGUUCGUUUUAUUUUUCGUCAAAUUUUGAUCUUACAAGAAGAAUUCAAGAUAGAGUUGAAUCUGAUUUCUGUAUUGAUAAGUUCGAUAAUCAGUUUUUAUGGAAUAGUUAUAUGAUUUCUGAAUUAUUUAUUUUUAGAUCACGUUUGGUAGAAUCUGAAAAAUAUGCUUUUGAUAAAGCAGGAUUUCUGGUGUACGUAAUUCGUGGAUUUGUUGGUACUGUUAUAUGUAAAAUUGGAUCUUUAAUAUCUUCCUUAACCCUAAUAUCUAGAUUAAGUUGUAAAAAAGCAGGAACCCGUUUUAAUUCUCGUGGAAUUGAUGAUGAUGGAAAUGUUGCAAAUUUUGUAGAAACAGAGAUAUUAUUGACAGUAAAUAAUUUCUGUUUUAGUUUUUGUCAAAUACGUGGAAGUGUACCAGUUUUUUGGGAGCAAGAAGGUAUUCAAGUUUUUGGACAAAAGGUUGAGGUAACUAGGCCAUUUGAGGCAACUCAAUCUUCUUUCGAAAAACACUUUGAGUCUCUUAUUAGCAAAUAUGGCUAUGUUCAUAUAGUUAAUUUAUUGUCUCAUAAUGGAGGGGAAAAGCUUUUGCUCAAUUCUUAUCGACAACAUAUUGAUUCUCUUAAAGGAAAUUUAUUUCACUUGAUAUGUUGUAGUGAAUUUGAUUUCCAUGCUGAAGUGAAAAAUGGAGGUUAUGAUCAGGCUUCUAAAAUUUUGUAUUACGUUGAUGAUAAUAUUAAAAACUUUUCAUAUUAUCUUGAAGAUAUGGGGGAAAAGGGGAUCAUAUUUCAACAGGGUGGAAUUUUUAGAACUAAUUGUCUUGAUUGUCUUGAUCGUACGAAUCUUGUUCAAGCACUUAUUUCGAAAUAUUCUGUUAUGUUAUUUUUAAAAUAUUUAGAAAUUUGUCCUGAAAUUUUUCCAUGGUCUGAACAUUCAACUAUAUGGGCUGAUAAUGGAGAUGCACUUUCAAGAAUAUACACAGGAACAGGUGCUCUUAAGAGUGGUUUUACAAGAAGAGGAAAAAUGAGUAUUGUUGGGGUGCUAGAAGAUGCAACAAAAUCUGUUAGUAGAAUGUACGUUAAUAAUUUUCAAGAUAAAGGACGUCAAUUAAAUAUAGAUUUACUUUUGGGAAGAUUAGUAAAUCAAAAAACUGUUUAUAUUUAUGAUCCCAUUAAUGAGUUUGUAACAAUGGAGUUAGAGAAAAGGGUCAAUGAAUUUUCAACCAUAAAAAAUAUAUCUAUUUUUGUUGGUACAUUUAAUUUAAAUGGAAAAAAAAGAACUGAUGAUCUUUCUUUAUGGCUUUUUCCUAAUGGACGAAAAUAUAAGUCAGAUUUGGUUGUUAUAGGGUUUCAAGAAAUUAUAGAGUUGACUCCACAACAGAUAAUUUCUGUAGACCCUUAUAGCAGGAAAAUUUGGGAGUCCGAUUUAUAUGAAAUUCUUAAUAGAGAUAAGAAUGAAUAUGUGCUUUUGCGUUCAGCACAGCUUGUUGGCUCGGUAUUGAUGAUAUUUGUUAAAGAGUCUUCUGUUCCAUAUAUAAAAAAUCUUGAAAGUGCUGUUAAAAAGACAGGUUUAAAAGGAAUGUCAGGUAAUAAAGGAGCUGUAGCAAUUCGUAUGGAUUAUGGGAAUACUCAAAUUUGUUUUGUAACUGCUCAUUUUGCUUCUGGAAGGUUCAAUUAUGAUGAAAGAAAUCGUGAUUAUUUUACUAUUAUAAAUGGACUAAAUUUUCGUCGUGGUCGAGCAAUUACAGAUCAUGAUAUUAUUAUUUGGCUUGGCGAUUUUAAUUAUAGAAUUAAUAUGAAUAUUGAAGAAGUUAAAGAGUAUAUAAAGAUUAAUGAUUUUGGAAAGCUUUAUGAAAAUGAUCAACUUAACCUACAAAUGAACUCUGGUUCUGUUUUUCCAUAUUAUUCCGAGUCACAAAUAACUUUUCCUCCAACGUAUAAAUUUGAUAAUGGAACAAACAAUUAUAGUACCUCCGAGAAACAAAGAACACCAUCAUGGACUGAUCGUAUACUUUAUAAAGGCUCUAAUCUACGUCAACUAUCUUAUAAUUCCUCACCAUUGACAUUUUCUGAUCAUAAACCAGUGUAUGCUCAUUUUGAGGCCUCUAUCACAAUUAUAGACCAAGAAUUUAAAGAAAAACUUAGAAAAGAUAUAUAUAAUUUUAGGAAAUUAAAGACUGAAGAAUCUAAUAAUAAUGGUAUUAUACGAGAUUUUAUUGAUUUAGAAGAUAAGCAUUAUUUAAGUAAUAGAAAGGAUUCAUUACCUUCAAAUAUAGAUAUUGGUAAAUUGUCUUUAGAGAACAGUAUACCCGUAGAAGUUAGUACUUCAACACAUAGAACAGAUUCAAGCUCUAGUUUUAGGAAUUUUUCGAGUUCUUAUGAUACUGUGAAGUUAGGUAGUAUUGAAAAUAAUACGAAAGAAUCACUACCCAUAAUAUCGAAUGCAAAGUUUCAUGCUAUUGAAAAGCCUAAAUUGCCUCCAAGACCUCGAAUUUCAGAAGCUUCAUCCAUGAAUGAAUCACGGCCAUUAUAUGAAACUUUUGCUGCCGAACUUGCAGAGAAGUUUUCAAAGAUGUCUGAAAAUCAAUCAAAUGUAGAGUCUUUCAAUUCCUCAUGAAUCUUUGAGUGUACGUUUUCAACAAAAAAAAAGUGAAAAAAGCAA